UAGAAGAAACAACAUUGUUUUUAGCAUGAUUACUGAACCUAAAACAUAACGAGGGAGUGCAAGUACAAAUAAGAGAACUUCUGAGAACUAAAGUUACAUACAUUGAAUUAAAACCACAGAUACUGAGAAUUUGUAAACGAUAUGGCACACAAAUGUGAUGUUGGCGGUUGUCCAAACCGAUCGGACACGAUUAUUCAUUACAUGUUCCCAGAGGAUCCGAAAAGACGCAGCGUGUGGAUGAAGUUUUUGGAAGACAGUAAACCAAGUGGAGAAAGCGUGUCUUCUUCAUCUCGGGUGUGCGGUGAACAUUUCUCUGAGGAGUGCUAUUUAAAACUGGAUCUGGGUUACACCACAUGCAAAAUAUUAGGCAUAGAUGCCGUGCCCACGAUCUUCUGUGUAAAUCGAUCCUUUGAGACUCCAAACAAUAUACAGAAUGAGGAAACAGAUAACACGUGCACAAUCACCAUUUCUGAGACCAUUUCACUUGCCUGCGUCAAAGACGAACCUUUUGAAUAUGAUUUAAAUGACAGCAUAUCAUUCCAAGAUCUAAACUCCUCACUGGAUGAUAGUGUUAAACCUGAGGAAAGUGAGAUGGCUAUUACUGAAGACAUGGACAUAGAGGAAGGCGACCAAGGCCAAAAUAUAAAGGGAAAAAAUGGCACUUCAACUGUAAUUGUUGAGAUUAGAGAAGGUGUUAAGGUCAAGUUUUUCAGUUGUUUGACCUGUGAAGAGAGGUUUAGUAGUAAACGUACCCUUAUGAAGCAUCAACGGGCAAGUCACCCAAGGCAAAAAGAUGAAUCAGAAGUUAAAGAGACGAUUUUUGUUUGUACAACUUGUGGGGAGAAAUUUCCUAAAAUGCGUUACCUUAUGCAACAUAGAGCCGUACACAAUGAUUACACGAAUGAUAAAAGGUACAAGUGUCAGCAAUGUGGGAAGAGCUUUUCCUGGGAGUCUUCUUGGAAAGCUCAUCUUAAAGUUCACGAGUUUGGAGAGUCCAUAUUGCCACACGGUUGCCAUUUAUGUCCCAGACGCUUCGGCUACAAAGUGGCUCUUGCGGCACACGUGAAAUUUCACUCUGGAAAAAUUGCGAGCGCUUGCCCCAUGUGCGAAAAGAGCUUUCCAACCAGAAGUUUACUCGGUCAGCACAUCAAAACAUCCCAUGCUCGGAAAAAAGUCACGUGUAAGACCUGCAAUAGCACUUUCACCAAAGUCAAAACCUAUAUCAAACACUUGAACAAACAUAAUGUGGAAGAGGCCGAUAUGGAGAUUUCAGAGGCUGAAAUAAACAUUCUGGCUGAGAGUGCAACAGAUCUAUCAGCAGUAGAAUCAGCAGCAGAUCCAAUGGUGGUAGAAUCAGUGAUGGAUCCAUCGGAAAUGGAACCAGUGGAAGAAUCAGCAGCAGGUCCUUCGGCGGUAGAAUCAGCAGCAGGUCAUUCGGCGGUAGAAUCAGCAGCAGGUCAUUUGGCGGAAGAAUCAGCAGCAGAUCCAAUGAUGGUAGAAUCAGUGACGGAUCCAUCGGAAAUGGAACCAGUGGAAGAAUCAGCAGCAGGUCCUUCGACGGUAGAAUCAGCAGCAGGUCAUUCAGCGGUAGAAUCGGCAGCAGAUCAUUUGGCUGGAGAAUCAGCAGCAGGUCCAAUGGUGGUAGAAUCAGUGAUGGAUCAAUUGGAAAUAGAAGCAGUGGUAGAAUCAGCAGCAGAUCAUUCAGUGGUAGAAUCAGCAGCAGAUCAUUCAGCAGUAGAAUCAACAGCAGAUCCAGUUGUGGUAGAAUCAGCAGCAGAUAAUUUGGCGGUAGAAUCAUCAGCGGAUCCAGUGGUGGUAGGAUCAGUGACAGAUCCAUCUGACAUAGAAUCAGUGAUAGAAUCAGCAGCAGAUCAUUCUGCGAUAGAAUCAGCAGCAGAUAAUUCAGCGGUAGAAUCAGCAGCAGAUCCAGUUGUGGUAGAAUCAGCAGCAAAUCAUUCGGCGAUAGAAUCGGCAGCAGAUAAUUCGGCAGUAGAAUUGGCAGCAGAUCCAUCAGUGGCAGAUUCAGCAGCAGAUCUAUCAAUGGCAGAUCUAUCAGCAGUAGAAUCAGCAGCAAAUCCAUUGACGAUAGAAUCAGUAGCAGAUCCAUCUAUAACAGAUCCAUCAAUGGUAAAAUCAGCAGCAGAUCCAUCGAUGGUAGAUUCAGCAGCAGAUCCAUUGGGGGCAGAUCCAUCGAUGGUAGAAUCAGCAGCAGAUCUAUUGGAGGAAGAUCCAGCAGCAGAUCUAUUGGGGGCAGAUCCACGGAUGGUAGAAUCAGCAGCAGAUCCAUCAAUAACAGAUCCAUCGAUGGUAGAUUCAGCAGCAGAUCUAUUGGGGGCAGAUCCAUCAAUAACAGAUCCAUUGAUGGUAGAAUCAGCAGCAGAUCUAUUGGGGGCAGAUCCAUUGACUGUAGAAUCAGCAGCAGAUCCAUCAAUAACAGAUAUAUCAAUGGUAGAAUCAGCAGAAGAUCCAUUAACAGUAGAAACAUCAGGAGAUCAAUCAGCAACAGAUCCAUCAAUUGUAGAAUCAGCAGCAGAUCAAUCAAUAGCAGAUACAUCACUGAUAGAAUCAGCAGCAGAUAUAUCAAUAGCAGAUCCAUCAAUGAUAGAAUCAGGAGCAGAUACAUCAAUAGCAGAUCCAUCACUGAUAGAAUCAGCUGCAGAUACGUCAAUAGCAGAACCAUCGAUGAUAGAAUCAGCGGCAGAUCCAACAAUAGCAGAUCCAUCAAUGAUAGACUCAGCAGCAGAUCCUUCAAUAUCAGAUCUAUCGAUAAUAGAAUCCGCAGGAGAUCCAUCGAUGAUAGAAUCAGCAGCAGAUCCAUCGAUGAUAGACUCAGUAGUAGAUCCAUCAAUAUCAGAUCUAUCAAUAAUAGAAUCCGCAGGAGAUCCAUCGAUGGUAGAAUCAGCAGCAGAUCCAACAGUACUUGAGGUUGCGGAGUCUGAAGAGGCACAGCGUGUUCUGGAUAAGGAACUUCCCCAAAAUAAUCAUGAAGAGGAAAAAAGCAAGGAUGCUGCUUUCACACAAUAAGGGAUAUCACUUGUGGCUUUCAUAAAAUUAAUUUUUUCAACGUACUGUAUGAUAGAUUAAUAGUGGCUUGCUUGUAGUUUGAGCUUUAUUUUUUCAUUUGAAAAUUGAUUUUCUUUAGUCAUGUUUGUAGUUAAGGAUCUAAUCAAGUAAACUAAAUAUUGCAUAUUUUAGGUAGACUUGUGUGUUUGUUACAUAACACCAUGUACAUAAUUUUUUUUAUUCAUGGUAGGAAGCGUAAAGUGUUAUUAGUAUUAUGUUGCUAAAUUCACAGAAUAAUGUGUACUUGAAAGAUGCAUUUCAUAUAAAUAAUAAAAUGUAUUUUCAUUUC